AACUGGGCAGGAGAGGAAACGAAGAGCAGCACGCACUUGGCUGGCUUUCCACUCACUCGGGGACAUUUUUCUAUUAUUUAUAUCCGCUUUUUGUAAACAUUUUGAUAUCCCCUUUGUUAGACAUUUGUAAUUAACUAAUACACCGGGUUUGACAUUUUGUAACGUCGAAGCUUGGCAAGGAUCGGCUGGAGCUUGCUAGCUUGUAAAAGACUGGACUCCCUCCUCUCGUCAAAAUGUUGAGAUACUAAAUGCACUAAAAAAAAGCUUUAAACACAUCGUUUUUUUUUUAACUGGAGCACCGAUGUACUGUAUUCCCUGGGAUUAACCACUAUUGGUCGCUCCUGCCAUUGAAGCAGCUGACGAUAAACGUUUAAUGUCACAACGUUGACCAACUUCAGGGAAGAAUGACGGCUGUUCAGCUCAUAAACAUCCAGCGAUUACUGGAGGCAGCGGAGUAUCUAGAAAGGAGAGAAAGAGAGUGCGAACACGGAUAUGCUUCGACCUUCCCGUCAGAUCAGAGCACAAACUACCAGAGGCAAAGAAAAUUCCGAAAUAAGAAGUUCAACAAUAACCACAAUAGGUCGACACAUAAUGAGCUGGAAAAGAACAGACGAGCUCACCUGCGACUGUGUCUGGAGCGGUUGAAGGCCCUCAUACCUCUGGGACCUGACUGCAACCGCCACACCACCCUGGGCCUACUCAACAAAGCCAAAGCACACAUAAAGAAACUUGAAGAUGCAGACAGGAAGAGCCAGUACCAGCUGGAGUCUCUGGAGCGCGAGCAGAGGCACCUCCAGCGUCAGCUGGAGCUGCUGAGGGGGAGCGGCGGUGCUGCGGUCCCGAGCAGCCCGGCAGAGGGGGAGAGGAUACGCAUGGACAGCGUCGGCUCAACUCCCUGCUCUGACCGCUCCGACUCCGACCAAGAGGAGAUCGAGGUUGAUGUGGAAAGCACGGAGUUCUCCCAUGGAGAGCUCGACAGUGUGAGCACAGCCAGCACCAGUGACCUGGACGACCACAGCAGCCUGCAGAGCAUGGCCAGUGACGAGGGUUACUCCUCCUGCAGUGUCAAGCUUGCCUUCUCCUCCUAGAACCUCACGGCACUACGACCACCACUACCCUGCCCCUGUGUUUACCCACCGAGCCUUGCCGUCACCUGCUACCAUGGGCACACCUCCACAGCUAAUGGCGUCCCCCAUUGCCCCCGCCCGCACUCCGAGCCUUUUAGUUUCUGUCUGUUCCUCUUUCUCCUUGAAACCACUGCUGGACGAGCUCUGGUGCCGGCUCUCACCUCGCCUCUGAACCUUGAGCCGCCCCAGCCAACACUGGUACCAGAGAUCCAGACACUGCAAUGCGAGACUGCCUGAUUAAGCUCAUUUUAAAGGGAGAUCAGAGACUGUGUAUGUAUAUGUAUGUAUAUAUAUAUAUAUAUAUAUAUAUAUAUAUAUAUAUAUAAAUAUUGAUUUUUAAUCCCCAACAAAAAGAUGUUUUGAUUUUAUCUCUGAUAUUUCUUUGAAUCAUCAAAUAUUUAAAAUUUUCAAAAGAUUCUCAGCCCUUAAAUUUACCUCAAAAGGCACUUAAAUUCUAAUAUUGCUGUAAUUCAGAGUUUAUAUUUGUUUCUCUACCGGGGGUGAACCUGUGCAACUCAUGGUGCUGGACCCACGUGAACCAGAGCACACUUGAUGAACACCGUCAUAUCGCUACAGGUAGCUCGGCCCUGAAAAACCUUCAUGAGGGCCUGAAUUGAAUCCCCGUCUUACUGUCUUUGUUUUCUUUUCUUCAUUAUUAUUACCUGUGCUUGACACCACAGAAGCUCGGACUCUUGAACUGGUGCUAUUGUGAAACAAACCAAGCAGCAGCGACGCGGAUCAGGCCCACCUUCGCUGAGCUUUUAAAAGCGAAGCGCAUCUGCAGUGAUUGAUUUCAACCAAGCGCGGAGGAAAAUGGUUGUAAACACGGAGGAACAAAUUAUAAAGGAAAAAAAAUAACAUUCCUGCUGAAUGUGGGUUCUGAAUGCAUUUUCAAAGAGUGGAAAAUGUAACUUUGAGUAUGUGCGCAUUCUGUUUUGGUUUCUUACCCGACAACAAGCAGCUACAACAAGCAAUCCCAGACUUGCCUACGGUCGAACUGUCCACACACGAGGCACAAACCAAGAACAGAAACACACACAAAACAGCAACAAGGAAAAAGUCCAAACCGCCACAAACUUCGGAAUAGAUGUUCAUCCUCUUUCCAGCAGUAACGAGCAAUAACUCUUGUAGUUGUUUUUGUCUAGACAGUCUGAGCUCCCUCCUGUUUUUAAUUUCUUUCCUUCAUUCCUUAACGACGUGUGUGUGUGUGUGUGUCUGUGUGCGUGUGUGUGUGUAUGCGUGCGUGCGUGUGUGUGUGAUCAUCCCAAAAAAGUAAAAUCAAAUUAGUUUUUUGUACAUAGAAAUAGCUUAACAAAGAAACUUUAUAAAUGAGUUUAAAAAAAACCAACAAAAACGCUAGAGCUCAUGGAUAGAAGUAUUGCCUCUGUUGCUGUUUGACCUGUGUUUAUUGUGCAUUUUAAAAUCAGUUUUUGGAAAGAUUUUCUUUUUUUUUUUUUUUUGUUGAAAUCUUUGGAGUGGCAGUGAAAUGCAGCGUUACUUUUCUGGCUGAAAGUUUCAGAAGUUACCCAUUUAGUUCCCGCCUUUAAGAGGGAACAGAAGGUUUUUACGUAGUUUUUAAGAACAGCAGAGCAGCUCCCCAUCCAGGAGGAUUUCAGUUCAGACCACGCAGAUUUUGUUUGGCACUGUUUGUAUUUAUUAGAUGUUCCCCCCCCACUCUUGUUUAUAUUUCUUGUAAAAGGGGGAGGGGGUGGGGGAGCUGCAUGUGGCAUUCCACUGGUUGGUCAGGUGUUUGAAGUUUGGCAAGGAGAGGAAAAAAGAAAGAAAGAAAGAAAGAAAUAGAAAACGGGUUUUAUGAUGUCAAUGAUCUCCAUCCCAGCACCGCUGACCGGCAUUAAGAAUUGCACUUCAGCCACGGCUUUCUAUAUUUCCUUUUUCACCGUCUCAUUGGGCUGUCAUCCAUCUUUUGGGGGUGUGAAAGGAAAGAAAAGAGCAUCACCAUUUGAAUAUUUAUUUCUCAGUCCCUCAAAGAGCACAAGAAAUGGGGAAAAAAGUUAACUUAUUUUGGUUCUGUUUCAUUUUAAUCCUAUUUUUUGAUGCAUAUUCAUCAUUCCUUAUUUUAAGAAUUGUAUAUUUUAUGGGUUAUUGUUAAGUUUUGUUUUUUCUUGCUGGGUUGGGGGGUGGGUGGGGGGGUGAAAGUGUAGCCAUUUUGUUCUUUUUUUCUCCUGCUACUUUUAUUCGAUGGACACUUGAAAUGUAAUUGGCCCCUUAGCUGCUCCUAGUGCUGAGCCUCGCCUGUUACGAAUCACCAGCCUUGUCCAGAGCUCACUCCCCGACAGCACGCCUUGCUUGUGGCCGUUCGCGCACAUCCAACACGACGGCCUGCCUGCUGUUUUCCUCCGAGGUUCUCCGUCUCGUUCUGGGGGAAGUCAACUCUGCUCAAGACUCACUGGUAGCCCAGAACUUUACUGGCAAAUAUUGAGCCAGCUACUACAUGAUAAAAGGGGGUCCAAAACUCCACUCUCCUCCAUUAGGGGGAUCGUAGUCUCUAUUAGACUUGUGUUUUAGUUGACAAAAUGUGUCUUACAUUUUCAAGGCCUCCGACUGAGGAUUUAAAGAAAAACUAAAUACAAAAGAACAAACCUGUGGUUUCUCUGAAGGAAAUCACAAAGGUGUAGAGUUUGACAUGUCAGCUCUCGGCGGAGCUCUGUUGAGGUUGUUGGACUUGGCACUAAAUCGGAAAGUCACCAUAUUUGGUGCUCGAGUAUGUUUUAAAAAAAAAAAAAAAAAUGCCAAAAACACCUCAGAACACCUCAGUGUCCUCUCUCUUCAUCUCUCUGUGAGGGACAGUUUACAUUAAUUCUGCUCCCUGUUUUAAGUUAUUAACCUUCAUCUUACUGUUGCUUUGUCUUCUUCUUUGUCUGGUUGUUUGAACCUGCUGACAGGAGAAGGGUCCCGUGUUUGGUGACGGACGCGCUUGGCUCCAUGUUCAGACCUGUGUCAGAUGCUUGAGUUUGAACCUGUGUUUUCCUACACUGGGACAAACCAGAUGGUUUGUAAGCUCUGUCACCGUCGCCGCAUGUGGCUAAGCAUUCUGAUGUCGUACUCGUCGUCGGGUUAAAACAAACUUUAAGAGCCGGUUCGACUGAAGAUAGGCCCGCCCUUUCUUGUGUGGGUGUACUUUGUAUGUGUGUCUUCCUGUUCUUACUAAGUCUGACCUUUGGGAAGGUGUCUGAUCCAGGACUAGUAUCCACAGAUCUUUGCAGGCUGCUAUUCAGAGUAUGAGGCUUUUUUGGAGAAUAUUUAUGGUGAAAUUACCGAUCUAUCCACCACAGUCUUGAGCUUAUUGUCAGUUUAUUGACUGGACCUGGAUCAGUCAACUGGAAGGUCUGAUUAAAUGUUUCUGGCUGUGCUGCAGAUUCAUAAGCAUAUCUUCAUAAGCUGGCAGUCAUAAAGCUAUAUUUUUCACCUUCAUGUUUGAGAUAUUAAGUGUGGUUAUGGUUGAGUUCUAGUUCUGCAGCUUGGCCAGGCGUGAAUCGCUCUGCUGAGCUGGAAGUUGCAGUGUCAUCUGUAAGCCACACCCCUCUCUGAUGUCGGUCUCUCAGGAGGCCGAUUGGAGCAAACGGGUCCAUGAAGUCAGGUCAGCCCACUUCAACAAGAAGUCUUGUGUGCAAAAAGGGUGCCCUCUUAUUGUUCUGAACCUGUGGCCGUCCUUUGUAAAACAUGCACUCCGAUGAUGAUGAUGAUUCUAGCAGUGUACGUUGAAGAUGCAAUACUUAUAAUAAAAUAAAAAUAAAAAAAACAAUUUUCAA